AUGAAUUACAUGAGUUUAAGUCAUUAUUUGCAAUUAGUUGAAAGGUAUUGGAAGACGCCGGAUGGUUAUAAAUUAGCAACGUUUCUUUCUCUUAGGCAUGAACAUGCUGCUUAUGGAAAUUUUCAACAAGAGAGUCCAGAAGGAUUAGUCGAGCGGUUUUUAUGUGCCCCUAUUGACGAAUUUGUGUGUUACCACUUGAAAUGUCUUUAUUACAUUGCACAAGGAGACUUCCAAGAAGCCUAUCAACAACAAAGUGCCUUAACACAAGCUUUUAUAAAACUUUUGCAGUCGCAAAAAGAAGAAAAUUGGUCCUUACCUAUAAUGUACACUGUGUGUCUGGAUUUAAGAUUAGUUGCUCAACAGGCGGAACAGCAAAGGGUCGGUAGCAAUGCAAAACCUGGUGAAAUAUUAGAGAAAGCUGCUGAAUGUUUAAUGGGAUGCUUUCGAGUUUGUGCAGCUGACAAUAGAUCAUCGGAGGAGGACACAAAAAGAAUAGGAAUGUUGGCUUUGGUGAAUCAGCUGUUUAAAGUGUACUUUAGGAUUAAUAAGUUGCAUUUAUGUAAACCUUUGAUAAGGGCUAUUGAUUCAUCACCAUUUAAAGACACUUUUUCUUUAAGUCAGCAGAUAACUUAUAGAUACUUUGUGGGUAGAAAAGCUAUGUUUGAUAGUGAUUAUAAGUUGGCUGACAAUUAUCUAACCUAUGCUUUUGAGAAUUGCCAUAGAUCCAGUAGGAAAAAUAAGCGUUUAAUCUUAAUUUAUUUGGUGCCUGUUAAAAUGUUACUAGGAUAUAUUCCAAGUAAAUAUGUGCUAGAAAAAUAUGAUGUCAUACAAUUCUGGGACUUGGUGCAAGCUGUAGUUCAAGGAAAUUUAAAGUUAUUUGACGAAAUUUUUGAAAGACACGAAUCAUUCUUUAUAAAAUGUGGAAUUUACUUGAUUGUAGACAAACUUAAAAUAAUUGCUUAUAGAAAUUUGUUUAGAAAAAUUUAUUUAAUGUUAAAUUCCCAUCAAAUACCAGUGGAGGCUCUUCAAACUGCUUUAGUGCAUCUGGGGCAGACUGAUGUGGACUUGGAUGAGACUGAAUGUAUAGUGGCCAAUUUAAUUUAUGAAGGAAAAAUUAAGGGAUACAUUUCCCAUCAGCAUAAAAAAAUUGUCGUCAGCAAACAAAAUCCUUUUCCACCUUUAAGUAGUUUGUCUUAA